GCGUACUCGCAGCCCACGGCAUCCCCCCUUCCCCAAGCGUAUACAUCUCUCACGCUCUUCUCCCCCACUGCAGCACGGCUCCGCUCGCGACGCCGCGGCGGCCGAGCCUCCUCCCGACCAGGAGACGAUAAAUCGGGGAGAAGAGAGGAGAAAUACCCCAAGCUAAAUCGCUCCACGCAGCUCAGGCACUAGUGACUUCGCUGAUGGGUAUACAAAACAUUUUUCCGCAUUGGCUAUGUGGAGAUGUUAAUGAAUGAAGAUGUAACACUGAAUUGGUUGUGUUGCAUUGUAUGCACAUAGUUACAUGCACACUGAGAUGUCAUGGUUCCAACAGUUCAAUUGACUCGAUAUCAACUUGAAGUCGCCUCCAGUCUCCUGCUUCGCCAUAAAUGCGGGAGAAGGAUGCCUGCUGGGAGUACGGCGACAAGCUGGACGGGAACAGGGUUCGGUGCAGAUUCUGCCAGAAGGUUAUCAAUGGCGGAAUAAGCAGGUUCAAGUUUCAUCUGUCUCAAAUUCCGAGCAAAGGCGUCAACCCUUGCGUCAGGGUGACGGAUGAUGUCAGGGAAAAGGUGAUCGCUCUCAUAGAAGCCAAGGAAUCACACAGGGAGCUCGAGCUUCUCAAGAGAAAACGUGUUGCUGAACUGUCGGUGCUUCCGAAAAGAACACGGGAACUUCCAUCUCAGCCUUCCUCCCCAGGGUUGCCUACUUCGCCUGCUAUUAUUCCUGCAUUCGAGCCGAGUCAGCUCCUUGGCCUGGAAGUGCCUGCUCCGGUACUUAGACUAUCUGGUGCUGCCACCAAGCCCCGUCCGGCUUCAGGAUUGGAAGUGGAACGGUGCAUUGCUGAAUUCUUUUUUGAGAAUAAGUUGGACUAUAGUAUUGCAGACUCCAUUUCAUACAGGCAUAUGAUGGACACACUUCUUGGGCAGGAAUUCCAAGGGCCAUCAGCCGAUGUUUUGAGAACAAAAUGGCUUCAAAAGCUCAAGUCAGAGGUUUUGCAGAGAACGCAAGAGAUCAAAAAGGAUUGGGUAACUACAGGCUGUACUAUAUUAGCCGAUUCGUGGACUGACAACAAAUUGAAAGCCCUAAUCAACUUCUCUGUCUCUUCUCCACUAGGGACAUUCUUCCUCAAAACAGUAGAUGCUUCUCCACACAUAAAAAAUCACAGAGGGAUGUAUGAGCUCUUUGAUGAAGUGAUUCAGGAGAUUGGUCCAGAUAAUGUUGUUCAGAUUAUUAGUGAUAGGAACAUAAACUACGGUAAUAUUGAUAAACUCAUCAUGCAGAACUACAACACCAUUUUCUGGUCUCCCUGCACUUCGUUUUGUGUAAACUCAAUGUUGGAUGACUUUUCCAAGAUUGAUUGGGUUAACCAAUGCAUAUGUCAAGCACAAACAAUCACACGAUUUGUCUACAACAACAACUGGGUUCUUGAUCUUAUGAGGAGGUGUAUGGCAGGGCAGGAGCUUGUUUGCUCAGGGAUUACAAAAUCUGUUUCAGAUUUCCUGACUCUGCAGUCACUGUUGAAGCACAGAUCAAAGCUGAAGCAAAUGUUUCACAGCUCUGAGUAUGUAUCUUCUCCAUAUGCAAAUAGAUCUCUAAGUAUUUCCUGCAUUGAGAUCCUCAGUGACGAUGAGUUUUGGCGAGCAGUCGAAGAGAUAGCGGCUGUUUCAGAACCUCUACUGAGGGUCAUGAGGGAUGUCUCAGGAGGCAAGGCCGCCAUUGGUUAUAUAUACGAGUCUAUGACAAAGGUGAUGGAUUCUAUUAGAACAUACUACAUAAUGGAUGAAGGCAAAUGCAAGUCAUUUCUGGAUAUUGUGGAGCAGAAAUGGCUGGUGGAGCUGCAUUCGCCUCUUCAUUCAGCAGCUGCUUUUCUGAACCCAAGCAUCCAGUAUAAUCCAGAAGUCAAAUUUUUCACUACUAUCAAGGAGGAGUUCUACCAUGUCCUGGAUAAAGUGCUCACAGCCCCAGACCAAAGGCAGGGUAUCACUUCGGAACUGCAUGCUUUUCGCAAGGCGCAAGGAAUGUUCGCCUCUAACAUUGCUAAAGAGGCCCGCAACAACACCUCCCCAGGGAUGUGGUGGGAACAAUAUGGCGAUUCAGCGCCAGCAUUGCAACACUGUGCCGUCAGAAUAGUGAGUCAGGUCUGCAGCACCCUGACCUUCCAAAGGGACUGGACCAUCAUCCUGCAGAGCCACUCCGAGAAGCGCAACAAGUUGAACAAGGAGGCACUGGCCGACCAAGCCUAUGUGCACUACAAUCUCACGCUCCACUCCGACUCCAAAACGACGGCGAAGAAGAAAGGAGAGGGGGAUCCGAUCGCGCUGGACGAUAUCGACAUGACCUCACCAUGGGUGGAGGAUUCGGACGGUCCGAGCCUGACCCAGUGGCUCGACAGGUUCCCGUCGGCCCUGGAUGGUGGAGACUUGAACACCAGACAGUUUGGUGGAUCCAUCUUUGGCACCAACGAUCUUUUCGGCUUAUGACAGACAGUUGGCGGAUUCUGCUGUUCGAGUGCUCACUGUGUUGAAGGGGCGGUGUUCGCUGCAUGUGUUCUGAUCUUUAUUUGGUUGGUCUUUAGGGUGUGUUUGGUUCAGGAAAUGAAGUGGAAUGUAACGGGUUGGACCUGCACCUGGGAGCGAUUCCUGUGUUUAGUUGAAAAAGGGAACAGAACGCACUGCUUCCCUA